AUGGUUCGCGCUUCCUCUUACCUCGGCUCCCUCGCCGUCCUCGCUGCUUCGGCGGUGGGCAAGGAAAUUGAGCCCAACGCGGAUCUCGCUGCUGAGCUCUACGACUCUGGCGUCAUUCACGAGCAGAUCAUCGCCAGCAAGAAGGCCGAGUUCGCUCGCCAGAGAGAGGCCGGUGCCUACGCCAGUGAGCAGUACCCCGAGCUUGGCUACGCUCCUUGCGUCAACGGAUGGGCCGAGGCCAUCGCCGGUGACCGCAACAACACCUUCCGUUGCCACAACGCCGACCUCCACUCCUUCCUGAGCCACGCCGCCCUCGGUGACGAGCUUGGUGAGGGUUCCUCAUCAUGGGGUUGGACCUCCGAUGACGGCCGCGAAUUCGUGGCCAUCGGUCAGUACCAGGGCACCGCCUUCGCGGAGAUCAACUCCGACGGCAAGCUCAUCUACUUGGGUCGACUCCCGCAGUACUCGGUACCCUCCGAGUGGCGCGAGAUCCGCUCCUACAAGCACUACAUGGUCAUCGGCUCCGAGGCCGUCGGCCACGGCAUCCAGAUCUUCGACAUGAAGAAGCUCCUGGACAUUGACCCAGCCAGCCCCGUCACUUUCGACGCCAAGGCCGACCUGACCAGUCACUUCAACGCCCUGCUGCCGCUGGGCCGCGCCCACAACGUUGUGGUCAACGAGGAGCUCAGCUACGGUGUUGCCGUCGGCGCCCAACCCCGCAACGACACCAUCUGCGCCUCCGGUCUCAACUUCUUUGACCUCACCAACCCCGCCGACCCCAUCUCCCUGGGCUGCGCCAGCGGUGACGGCUACGUCCACGAUGCCCAGUGCCUCGUAUACCGUGGCCCCGACAAGCGCUUCGAGGGCCGUGACAUUUGCUACGGCUACAACGAGGACACCCUCACCAUCUACGACGUCACGGACAAGGCCAACGUCACCAACAUCAUCUCCCGCAUCUCGUACGAGGGCGCGUCCUACACCCACCAAGGCUGGGUCCUCGACGUGAACAACCAAGAGUUCCUCGUUCUCGACGACGAGCUCGACGAGGUCCGCGGCAACGGGCCCGGCGGCGACGGCUACCCGGUCAGCUUCUUCUGGGACAUCCGCGACCUGACCGCGCCUAAGCAGACCGGAUUCUUCAAGUCCCCCACCAAGGCCAUCGACCACAAUCAGUACGUUAUCGAUAACUACAUCUACCAGUCUCACUACGGCGCCGGCUUGCGCGUUCUCGACGCGAGCUCCAUCUCCUCCGACCCCACCGGUGCUGGCGUCUGCGAGGCUGCCUGGUUCGAUAUCUAUCCCGAGGACGACGACAUGGAGGGCGGCGGCUACGUCGGCUUUGUUGGCACCUGGUCCUCGUACGCGUACUUCCCCUCUGGCUACAUCUUCAUCAACACCAUCGAGCGCGGCGCCUUCGUCGUCAAGUUGACCGGCAAGGACUGCCCCAAGGCUCCCGUAUGCAACGCCGACAACUGCCUGCGAUCGUUCCGCGCCGAGUCCGUCCCCGGCCGUCUGCAGGAGUCCCAGGAGUUCUGCAAGUCCUUCCUGAGCGCUCCGGUCAAGGACGUCAGCGUUCUGCCUGAGCACGCGGUGAAGAACUGUGCCAAGGAGGACAAGGUCGCUCAGGCUAGCAGCGCCUGUGCUUGCUUGCCCGCUGCCACUCCUGCUCCUUAA